AUCAUAUUCAGAUUGCCCAAUUCCCAGCUCUUUCUUUUCUUUCGCGUUUUCUAAAAUCAAGGAACGUGUUAAUAAUAAUUUAGCAGAAAUUAAAGAAUUCAUUUGAUUCUGCAAAAAUGCCACAAGAAAUUAAGGAGGUAAAAGAUUUUCUUAUCAAGGCACGUAGAAAGGAUGCCCGUGCUGUUAAAAUAAAGAAGAAUGAAAAUAACACUAAAUUCAAGAUUCGCUGCUCACGUUAUCUCUACACAUUGGUCGUAUUCGAUAAGGAGAAGGCAGAUAAAUUGAAGCAAUCACUUCCUCCAGGUCUUCAAGUUAAGGAAGUCAAGUAAAAUGGCAAACAUCAAUAAAUUGAUUUUUACUUCAUUUGAACGAUUGUCAUCUCGUUCGGUUGGAUGAAAGAAUGAUUUCAUUACUGUCAACAUUCGUUUUAUAAAAAGAAAUAAAACAACAUCCAUUAAAAGUGAA